GUGAAUGGUUGACACGUUGGUUGACAAGUCCUUUGGUGUAUGUAUGCAAAACUGAGGCGUAAAAAGGGCGGCCAUUGUGUUCCAGCCAAAAUGGUGGCCAAAUUAAACCGCACUUGGAAAAGCAGAGAAAGAGAGUAAGUGUAGUGUGUAAGUGUACACGUAUUGGGAGUCACGGCGGUGGCGAAUGUGGCACGCGGAAAAUGUUAUCUCUCCCCUCUCCCACCCACCCUGCCUCACUACAUAUGCUGCGCCCAUGCUCGUUGAGCGCCUGGUGCAAAAAGAGAGAAGGUCAGUCAGUCAGUCAGUCAGUCGAUGGUCCGCCCAUCCAUAUGCAUCAGAAUGAAUGAUAGCCUACAGCCUCUUCCCUCUCUUCCUGCCUUCUAUCUGUAGGCUCCCACAGAGCGAGUAGAGCACCACAGGACAAAUGGAAAUCACAAAAAAGUCGUGGUCAAAGGCUGGCUGCUGAUUGAUGGUCACAGAGAGAUGUUGCUCUCACAUUCUCCCGUCCUCCCACUCAGUCAGUGGCUUAAAAAGAAGCGAGCGGCACAUGGAUUAUAUGCCCAUCGCAUCUGUCUAUCUCUCUUGCGAGAAUUGCCCUUCUGUCUGCUGCCUUCCUGACAUACUAUUAACCACUCAUCCCACGGGACAGUCCCCCAUUGCCGAGCCUACGUACCAUGCACCCGUCGUAGUCUGGUAUUCGUCGUCGCUGGCUCGGGUGCUGCAUGUCGAUGUGCGCCUUGUGUCGGAGAGCCGGAUCGUGUCGCGGGACGUGUCACGGGAGGCAGACCGUUGAGCACGCUGUGGCUUGUAUGGAGUUGGCGGGCGACGGUCCGCGUAUGCGCUGGACGACACUGAAAGCAGAAGCCGUCAGCAACAGCAUGGAAAUGAGAUCAUCCUCUCCUGUCCUGUGUCAUUCCUCCCUCACUUUUGAUCCCGAUAACGAUGGGUUUGUCUUGAGUGUCGCCCAUGCCCCUCAGCGACUCGCCCACUGGUGCGCCGCCUCCGUGAGCCUUGACCCAUCUGCCGUCACUCCGAAGCAGGCCCUCCUCACGAGUCUUGGCUCCUGUCGCCUCGUUGACAAGGCUGGCGAACUCCCGCGUUGUUGUGCUGGGCUUGCAAACGAUGCGAUGCACUCGCCCAUCCGCCUUGGUGUUGUUGACGUUCACCUGCACGAACUUGGUGAUGUCAUCGUGGCUCGACGAGGCAGAAGAGGAUACGCACCCCAUGGUGUCUUGCGGCCUGCAAUGCAGGUACAAAGGCAGCACAUGGAUACCCCGUGCUGUUUCGGGAGAGAAGGCUGCAUACCUCGUCUUCUGACGUAUCUGGCAUGCAAAGGCGGUGGUGGGGCGUCAGUGUAUCUGUGUGGGUGUGUAUCGGUGCUCCUCAGCGGCCGCGUGUGGCAUUGAACGGCAGAAUAGGAGAACGCCUUAAAGCACAGCAGCAGCGGUUUCAGGGAACACCCUAGGCGGCCUGGUGCAAUUUUGUUGUAUUUGUGCAUUUGUGCGCAGCCAGGGACCAACUUGUGUGCGCAUGAAUGACUGCUUCACCCCAGUCAUCAAUCAUCCCGCGUUCACAGAAAGGCUCGCCUGUACAUAAACCUGUUCACAAAUACACACACGUCCACCCACUUUCCCCGCAC